AACGAAUCAGAAUAAGAAGAAGCUGAAAUUACUACAAAUUUCAACUCGAACCAUGGAAGAUAAACAGCCGCAUAACUACACAGAAAGCCUUGGAACAAACUCGAAACUUCAUGCUGCCAUUUCUAAAACUGUCAACCAGGUUAUCGAGAAGACUGAUUUGAGCCUUCAACACGCACCAGCAGAGGGCAGCGGUUAUGCGCGGGAUCAAGGCACAGAUCACGUGAAGCGUCCCAUGAACGCGUUUAUGGUGUACGCUCGAGCUGCGCGCAAAGAACUGGCACUACAGUAUCCCAAUCUCAGCUACAGAAAGUUGAGCAAAAUCUUGGGUCAGCUGUGGAAAAUGCUGGACGAAAAAGAGAAACAACCGUUCAUUGAAGAAGCUGAAAGAUUGAGGCGGAAACAUCGCUCGGAACAUCCCGACUACAAAUACCAGCCGAAGAAAAAGGCGAAGAAGACACGAAGUGAAGAAACCGAGAGUACGAGCACGCCACGGAGCGUCCCGAUAACCCACGACUUGACACGAAAGGUUGGCGAGCAAUUGCGAACGAAGCAAAGCUUGGAUUCUCGUUUUCCCACUCCAGCUUGGAACUAUGGUGCAGCGUCGCUGCCGAUGACUAUCAAACAAGACUCGUACCGCAGCGUCCCGGAGUUCUCACCUGCAGCUGGGAUGAAUCAAUACUUGACCACUUCGGAGAGUUUGGACAACAACAAGCUCUUCUCCAGUCUUCUAACCGAGGCUGCGCAACGCGGGAGCCUGAGACUAGAAGACACGACGAAGAAUCUCGCAUCUUCAAUACCCGGACCCAGUCUCCGAGAAACCUCGCCUCGUUUGAUCAACCAGUAUAACCUGCUACAAAGACCUCUCGGAAGUGUGGCACACCCGGAGUUCCCGAAAGGGCUGUCAUAUUUUCCACCAGCCUUGUUUCAGAAGACGACAGGAGGGCUUUUUGAGGCAGAACAGCAUCAACCAAGCUAUCCUACGACUGUCGACAGACUAGUGCCUGUAACUUCGGCAAACAGAGGAAGAGGUGAACUCUACCUACGGGUAUAA